AUGGAUCAUGGGGAUUUAUCAAAGGACCUGCGUCGCACCCGCAGGUGUAGAUGCAUCACCUGUCGCGAUCGGAAAGUUCGGUGCUCCGGCACCUUUCCAUGUACCACCUGCGUUCGACGCUCUAUCGUCUGCACCUUUGGCCCAGAUGACCGCAAGGUCACGGUCAGCGAAAGGUUUUUAAAUGAUUUGAAACGAAAAGCUCGUGAAGACCCAAGCGAGCAAAGCCCAAAUAGAAGAAGACGACCAGAAAUCUCUCCCGAUCUACAAAGCCGAACCUCUAACGUUGGAGAUACUGGAGCCCGGUCAUGCGGUAGUGGCCAAGAAACAAUCACGGCAACCACAGCGGCUACCGUGGAACAAAACGAUCCUGUUAUUGCACCAAGUUCUCAUGGUGAUUUGUGUGAUAGUGAAGGACCUGAGACGAGUAUCUCAAAUCCAUUGGAUUCGGGAAGAUCGAGGUUUUGCGUUGAUAAUAACGGCCGGAGACGCUUCCUCGGGCCUUCGUCAACAUGGGCCUACACUCGCCAGGUAAUAGUUGAUAUUCAACAGCAUUUUAACGAAUCAAGCAUACCGGAGAUACCUCUUCAUGUGGACGGUAAUGCAUACAUGUUUGAUUGGUCGAAUGCUGGAGAUGUACCAUUCACGAAGGCCGAGUUACCUUCGUUAGAUUAUGCGAUUUACCUGAUGAAUACCGUUCAGUUUCACAUUGCACAGCUAUAUCAUCUUUUCGAUCAAAAAUCUUUUAUGGAUGGCCUUUAUCAAUUCUACGAUUGCACUGUUCCGGAGCCUCCGAAGUCCAAAUUGUGGUACAUACAAUAUCUUCUCGUCAUUUCAUUCGGCAAGUCAUUUUUAAACCAAAAGACCGCCAAAGAGCCUCCAUCAGGCGUCGUCUACUUCGCUAGAGCAAUGAAGCUUCUGCCAAACAUACAAGGCUUAUAUGAUGACCCUCUACUCUCUAUGGAGAUUUUAUGUGCGGCGUCAUUGUACCUGCAGUGCUUAGACCACCGAAACAAUGCCUAUGUUUAUCUUGGAAUCGCUUUCCGUAUGGCUCUAACACAAGGGCUGCAUCGUGAGGUUGACCUCGAAGCCUCGGUUGAAGAGUCAGAUACCCGAUAUCGGUCUAUUUGGUGGACACUAUACAUUUUAGAUCGAAGAUUUUCCUCCUUGAUGGGGACUCCGAUCUCUAUAAAUGAUGCCGAUGUGACCAUGGGCUUACCUAACUCCGACAUUUCACACCACAGAUGCAAGACUUUGGCUAUGCACGUCAGACUUUCACGAAUUAUUUCAAAUGUGCUUGACUCUGUCUAUGGUUCAGAUGGGCGAUUGAAUGAGUCAUUUAUAAAAAGUGUGCAAGAAGUUCUCCGCAGUCUAGCUGCUCUCGCACCAGAUCUUGAGCACCAGUUCAAGCUAAAUGGUUCUAGCGGAGAACCAAUAUCGAGAGCGACUGAAAUAUCUGGCUAUGAUAUGCCCCAAAUUGAUCGUUCGAAGGAGGUUCUGGACUCGAUGAUCGAACGUGGUUCAGUGCCCGCCCAAUAUCGUCAAUCUGAAUUGGACAUAUUCCAACAGCUGCUUCGGCUCUUCGGAGACCAGGAUGAUCAAAAUCCAGCCCUAUCAGAAGAAGUCGGUGUCCAGGAUGAUGCACAUCACAAUGAGAGUUUUGGAGAGACAUCCUCAUUCUCACAAUUUGUCGAUGCAGUUGGGGACGCCGGAUUGUCACCAUCGGAAAUGCUUGAAAUUGCGCGGCUGUUAGAUUGGGGAGAUGUGUUCCGGGAUCCGAUUAUGUCGUUACCAUUUGAACAACCUUAG